GAGAGACGGAUGCUGGGGGCGGCAGUGUGGCAGUAUGGGGUUGCAGCUUCAGGUGGGUGUUGCCCUGUCGUUACUGCCUAGCACAUGUAAUACUGCUAGCUCCAAUAACUGAGACUUUGGUAUUUUCCAAAAUGAAACAGAUCCAGUGACCAACGAAUGGAUUAUUUAAUAACGAUAUAUGGGUGCAUGUUUUUGGUGGGUGUUCUCGGCAAUGGGACACUUUGUCUGACACUGUGUUGCGGUCCCGGGGCCAAAACUCGCAGUCCUUUGCUCUUUGGUCUCAUUUUCGCGGACCUUCUAGUAUGCUGCCUGAGUGGCCCUGUCACUGCGGCACUCUACGUCCUUUCAAACUGGACCCAAACUUGGAAAUAUAUCGCUCUGUUUAUCCAGGCCUGGCCUGUUUCUGCUAGCACUUUAUUGAUGAUGGCUAUAUCUGUCGACCGUUACCUCACGAUUAAAAGUUACAGGCCAGCUGGGCAAGUUGCACGGAGAAGACACUUGCUUAACACUGCGGUCAUUAUCACCUGGAUCUCCGCUGCAGUAUUAUCUGGUACACAAUUUAUUUCUAAACAUCCAUGGCGGAAAAGCUUAGUUAUCACCCAUGUGCUGUUGGUGUAUGUUUUGCCAGCUUGUGCGGUGCUCGUAAGUCACUUAGGAGUGCACGCUAAGCUCACUGCAAUUUCCCUGACUGCCCGCGCCAAGCACGGCGAACUACCCUUACCAAUGCCCCUCUUGCGGAGACCGACCCACGUUAUCAUUGUUGCCGGGAUUUCCAAGCACGGUAGAGACAGGCUCCAGGCGACCGAAACGAGCGUCGAAGACAUUUCCCAGCCGCCCACCAGCACGCUCCGCAGUCGUCGCCGUCUGGCGAAUUCUUUGCUAUGGGUGGCGAUUGUUUUCGCGGUAUGUUGGUUUCCUUAUAUAGUGUGCCAAUUUUGCGGCGAAUUGGGAACGUCUCCUCCGGCAACGGUCCAACGGUACAGCUUACUUCUUGGCCACACUCAUUCGGCGUUCAGUCCAAUUCUUUACUGGACGCUGAACCACCAGUGGCCCCAGCGACCAUGUCGCUUUCGGCUCCCUGUCCUUUACAGAAGCGCUUCGUCAACGAACGAAGCCGCUCUUGGUCCAUUUCAUCCUAGACUGGUACGUCCGCCACCGAUCCGUCGAAGAUCCUCACAUUAUCUCUACUAAUGACUGUCUGUGAUUACUGGGCCUCGCUGAUAACUACCUCACGAUUCACGAUAUCUACUAUUUCUCAUUUUUGGCAUAACUUCAUUAUCGGACAAUUAAUGUUAUUGCUAAUAUGCCUAAGGAGACGGUAUAUAUGUAAAGAAAAGACGAUUUCAUAAAUAUAUUUUUUUAUUUAUAGUGAACGUUCAGGCUCUAUACAUAUAUACUGUAAUAAAUAAUUGUUGUUCAUUGUUUUAUUGCUGUUGUGUUGAUCAUUGUUCAAGUGGAACGUGAAGAAGAAUGAAUGUAGCCGACCUGACAACGUUAUUCAGCAUCCUCGACUGGUACUUUACAUAUUUAAUUAUCUCUAGGUAACAAAUAAAAAAAUCAAAAAAAUAAGUAGCGGCCAACUGUGGUUUAUUCAUAAAUGUUCAAUACAAUAAUCAACAAAGAAAUCUUAAUACGAUGUAGCUGUGAGACUAAUAAAACUACUUUUCUAUUCGUUAUUUCGUUACUUCAUGAUUGUGACUUGGCGACAAUCACUUCGUGUGUGUUAUACGUGCCUUUUGUUCUUCAUAUUACUGUUAUAUUCUUAUAUUUCUCCUCCUGGAUGUACAUAUGAGAUGUAAUUUGAAGCAUAAAUAAAUUUUAUUGUUUCUGA